CCCAGCAGGUUUUCCACCAGCACUGCCAGCCUUUGCCUGGCUGUCAACGGACAGCUGGGGAGCCAGGUGAGGCAAGCUGUGGAGAAUCAAAUAUGGAGUAAGGAGGUCCUUCAAUGAGGAGACCAUAAAGAUUGAGAGGAAUCAGAGCCGGCUUUUCCAAGAUGAGUCCUGAAAGCCCAGAUGCUUCUGAUUAGCAGGAAGGAGGGAGGAGGUGAUUCAGGACAAGGUAGAGUGAACCCUUUAGACUUAAAGCCAGAAUUUGAAACAGCUUAAUGUCCUGCCUCCCUCAGAACUUUCAGAUGGAAGUACACAUCAUUAGUUAUGACUGAUUGAGGAAGCAACAGUCAGGAUUGCAUUGUAAAAGGAUCAUGCAACUAUUAAGCACCUACUGAAUUCCCAUCUGUUAUAAAGGAGACAGGAGAAAAGAGAAGGAAGGGGUGGUGUGCUAUCUGCUGAGGCUUUCAUUAUCCCAUUUAAGCCUCAGACCAACCCUAUGAGCGGGGUGACAACUAUCACCCUCUUUUUAUAGAUGGAAAAAGCAAUCCUCAAAAAUGUGAGAUAACUUGCCCACCACAGCUGCUAAGUGGCCAAACAGAUUUGAGGCCAAGUCAAUCCAACCAUAAGUUUUUAUAAUUUCUCCCAUUCCACCACCACCCCUAGUGCCGCCAUCAUUUCUGAGCACUUAUUGAGUGCCAAAUCACUGUGCGACAUGCUCUACCCACAUUACCUUGUUGAAGCAUCAGGACAGCCCUUAUAGAUGAGGAAAAGGAGAAAGUAGCUAGUCCAGGGUUAUGGAGCUCCAAAAUGGCAGAACCAAAAUGGGUACCCUUGUCUGUUGACCUCACUACCUUCAUUACCAUCUAUAGAUGGAAAGUCAUGGAGUCACCAGGCCGGAAGUGCCAUGGAGGAAACUCACUCCAAUCUGCUGCAUGAAGAGAGGAUUCUCUGAGACUGAGCAAGCUCCAGAUUUGGCAGAUGGGCGGUAGUUUGCUGGCCCCAGCUCCAGAUCAUAUUGUAUUAUGGAACUGCCGCGUGGCCAAUGCGGAGGAAAAGCUGAUGGACGACCUUCUGAACAAAACCCGUUACAAUAACCUGAUCCGCCCAGCCACCAGCUCCUCACAGCUCAUCUCCAUCAAGCUGCAGCUCUCCCUGGCCCAGCUUAUCAGCGUGAAUGAGCGAGAGCAGAUCAUGACCACCAAUGUCUGGCUGAAACAGGAAUGGACUGAUUACCGCCUGACCUGGAACAGCUCCCGCUACGAGGGUGUGAACAUCCUGAGGAUCCCUGCAAAGCGCAUCUGGUUGCCUGACAUCGUGCUUUACAACAACGCCGACGGGACCUAUGAGGUGUCUGUCUACACCAACUUGAUAGUCCGGUCCAACGGCAGCGUCUUGUGGCUGCCCCCUGCCAUCUACAAGAGCGCCUGUAAGAUUGAGGUGAAGUACUUUCCCUUCGACCAGCAGAACUGCACCCUCAAGUUCCGCUCCUGGACCUAUGACCACACGGAGAUAGACAUGGUCCUCAUGACGCCCACAGCCAGCAUGGAUGACUUUACUCCCAGUGGUGAGUGGGACAUAGUGGCCCUCCCAGGGAGAAGGACAGUGAACCCACAGGACCCCAGCUACGUGGACGUGACUUACGACUUCAUCAUCAAGCGCAAGCCUCUGUUCUACACCAUCAACCUCAUCAUCCCCUGCGUGCUCACCACCUUGCUGGCCAUCCUCGUCUUCUACCUGCCAUCCGACUGCGGCGAGAAGAUGACACUGUGCAUCUCAGUGCUGCUGGCACUUACAUUCUUCCUGCUGCUCAUCUCCAAGAUCGUGCCACCCACCUCCCUCGAUGUGCCUCUCAUCGGCAAGUACCUCAUGUUCACCAUGGUGCUGGUCACCUUCUCCAUCGUCACCAGUGUCUGUGUGCUCAAUGUGCACCACCGCUCACCCAGCACCCACACCAUGGCACCCUGGGUCAAGCGCUGCUUCCUGCACAAGCUGCCUACCUUCCUCUUCAUGAAGCGCCCUGGCCCCGACAGCAGCCCGGCCAGAGCCUUCCCGCCCAGCAAGUCACGCGUGACCAAGCCCGAGGCCACCGCCACCUCCACCAGCCCCUCCAACUUCUAUGGGAACUCCAUGUACUUUGUGAACCCCGCCUCUGCAGCUUCCAAGUCUCCAGCCGGCUCUACCCCGGUGGCUAUCCCCAGGGAUUUCCGGCUGCAGUCCUCUGGGAGGUUCCGACAGGAUGUGCAGGAGGCAUUAGAAGGUGUCAGCUUCAUCGCCCAGCACAUGAAGAAUGACGAUGAAGACCAGAGUGUCGUUGAGGACUGGAAGUACGUGGCUAUGGUGGUGGACCGGCUGUUCCUGUGGGUGUUCGUGUUUGUGUGCGUCCUGGGCACUGUGGGGCUCUUCCUACCGCCCCUCUUCCAGACCCAUGCGGCUUCUGAGGGGCCCUACGCUGCCCAGCGUGACUGAGGGCCCCCUGGGUUGUGGGGUGAGAGGAUGUGAGUGGCCAGGUGGGCACUUUGCUGCUUCCUUCUGGGUUGUGGCCGAUGAGGCCCUAAGUAUGUGACCAUUGGCCAUCAACCCCAUCAAACCAGUCACAGCCGUGGAAGAGGCAAGGAUGGGGGCCUGGGCUGUCCUCUCUGAAUGCCUUGGAGGGAUCCCAGGAAGCCCCAGUAGGAGGGAGCUUCAGACAGUUCAAUUCUGGCCUGUCUUCCUUCCCUGCACCGGGCAAUGGGGAUAAAGAUGACAUCGUAGCAGCACCUACUAUGCUUCAGGCAUGGUGCCGGCCUGCCUCUCCAUCACCAUCUCUCUCCACUUCCCCUUGUCCAGUGCCUCACACACUUCUAGAUUUCUCCCAGCUCAGAGGCUUGGCAUUUGCCAUAUCAUCUUCUUUUUUUUUUUUUUUUUCUUUUAAACGGAGUCUUGCUAUAUUGCCCAGGCUGGAGUGCAAUGGUGCGAUCUUGGCUCAAGUGAUUCUCCUGCCUCAGCCUCCCAAGUAGCUGGGAUUACAGAAAGCCGCCACCGUGCCCAGCUAAUUUUUGUAUUUUUGUUGGCCAGGCUGAUUUCGAACUCCUGACCUCAAAUGACCCACCUGCCUCGGCCUCCCAAAGUGCUAGGAUUACAAGUGUGAGCCACUAUGCCUGGCCUUCCCUAUCUUCUACCUGAACCUUCUUCCUCUUCCCCCAGGGCUUCCCAAGCUCUUUCCACAGCCACAUCAGUCAGGGCAUGGCUCCAAUCCAUUCUUUGCUCCAAUGUCACCUCCUCUGAGAGGCCUUCCCUAACCACCCAAUCAUUCUAAAGCAGCCUCUAAAGCAGCAGUCACGUUACCCUGCCUCCUUCCUCGAGCACUCCUCUGUACCUGUCGCUCUUAUCUGGUGGCAUGUAUGUCAUCCACAGCUCACCCACUAGAGUGUGAGCUCCAUGAGAACAGGGACCUGCUCCUUCACAUUCGUGGUAGUAUCCCCAGGGCCUAGGACAGAGCUUGGCACACAGUAGGUGCUCAAUAAAUGUUUGUUGAAUGAAUGAAUGGCUCCUACCCCUCCUUCAAGUCCAGAUGCCCCUGCUCUGAGCAGCCAUCCCUAGUUCCCCCAUCUGAAAGGCAUGACCUGCUCCUCCAUGACUGCAGUGGUGGUCACUUUCCACUUCUCUCUCAUGGCUGGGUUCAGGUUUGUCUCCCACACGGAUGCUCUGAUUCACUCCUCGCACAUACUGCCUUUUGCACAGUGCCUGGCAUGUAGUAGGCACUCAAAAUAUUUGUGGAAUGGAGGAGGACGUUCUAAAAAAUUCUAUUUUAAAAAUGAUUAUACAAUAAAAUUGACUUUUAAAUAUAUAGUUCUAGGAAUUUUAACACAUGUAUAGAUUGGUAUAACCACCAUCACAAUCAGGACCCAGGAAAGAUCCGUCAUGCAAAAAAACUCCCUCCUGCUAUUCCUUUAGAGUCCUGACUCCCUGCACUCUUAGCCCCUGGCAACCACAUAUCUUUUCUCCUUCACUACAGUCGGGUCUUUUCAAGAAUGCCAUUUAAAUGGAAUCAUACAGUAGUGACCUUUGGAGACUGGCUUCUUUCAUUCAGCAUAGUGCCUUCGAGAUUCAAUCAAGUUGGGUUUUUUUGUAUCGCUGAGGAGUGUUCAGUAGUAUGAUGUUGACGCACAUUUAGGCUGUUUCCAGUUUUUGGCAAUUAUGAAUAGAGCUAAUAUAAAGAUUCACAUAUAGGAUUGUGUAUGAAUAAAAGUUUUCAUUUAUUUAAACACUCAGGAGGGUGAUUGCUAGGUUAUAUGGUAAGUGUAUAUUUAACUUUAUAUGAAACUGUUGAGGCCGGGCAUGGUGGCUCACACCUGUAACCCCAACACUUUGGGAGGCCAAGGCGGCAGAUCACCUAAGGUCAGGAGUUCAAGACCAGCUUGGCCAAUAUGGUAAAACCCUGUCUCUACUAAAAAUACAAAAAUUAGCCAGGUGUGGUAGUGUGUACCUGUAAUCCCAGCUACUCGGGAGGUUGAGGCAGGAGAAUUGCUUGAACCUGGGAGGCAGAGGUUGCAGUGAGCCGAGAUUGUGCCACUGCACUCCAGCCUGGGUGACAGAGCGAGACUCUGUCAAAAAAAAAAAGAACAAAAGAAAGAGAAAGAAACUGUCAAACUGUUUUCGGGAGUGGCUACACCAUUUUGCAAUCCCACCAAAGUAUGAGAGAUCCAGUUGUUCAGCAACUGGAUUCCACCCUGGUUUUAAUUUGCGUGUCCCUGAUGGCUAGUGAUUUGAACA